AUGGAAAGGAUUGACAGCUUUGAAGGAAAGCUAUUUUACAAAAUCUAUAUGCUUUGUCAGAAAAAUCAGAUAAACGAAGAAUAGAAAGGAAAAUUAAAAGACCUUGUGAUUUUAAGAGAUGAAAGAAUUGAGAUCGCUAUGAAUUAAUAUCUUGAAGACAGAGAUGAGUUCCGACUUUUAGAAAAUUUUCACAAUUACUCUGGCGAAGAAUAUUCUCCCAAGAGUUAUAACAAUUUUUCAGAUGAUAAAUCAAAUGGAAGCCACAGUAAAUUUAAGGGAAAAAGGCCUGCUAAAAUGUAAUUACCAAAAAAGACAUUCAUGAUCAAUUUAAGAAAGUAAGAUGUCAAAAAAUUAUAACAAAGAGAUACAGAUGUAACUACCUGCUCUAAAGGGUUUCUCUUAAGCACUGCUAGAUCAAGUGAUAACCGAAAAGCCCUAGCUUUUAACGAGCGAUAUACUUAAUAGAACUGGAGCGAAUGUGAAUGA